AUGUCUUGUAGAACAGUGUUUGCCAGUGAAAUUUCUGCCAGCUAUAGGUGGAUGAAACGAUCUUUUCCUUCUUGUUUACUUCAACGUUUGGUGUUAAAACCUUUUAGAGAAGAACUAAAAAACACAAUAAAUGCUCGUGGAAUCCAUCCAAAACUUGUUGGAUUUCUUGCUAAUCAAGAUCCGGCAGCUCUCAAGUAUGCGGAAUCUACAGCAAAGACUUGUGCUGAAACAGGAGUGGUAUUUGAAUUAAAGAAAUGUAAUAGAGAGGACUUGGAAGACGAAAUCGUGAAAGCUAAUGAAGAAGAAAGUAUAAAUGGAAUAAUGGUUUAUUAUCCAGUUUUUGGAGAUCGUCAAGAUCAAUAUCUUCAGAACGUUGUUGAUUCAUCUAAAGAUGUUGAAGGGUUAUGUCACAAAAGUGAAAUUGUUGGGCGCCCUCUUGCUGCAUUACUGGCAAAUGAUGGUGGAAAAGUUUAUUCUGUUGAUAUUAAUGGUAUUCAAGAAUUUAAUCGUGGUACUGGGCUAAGACUUAAAAAGCAUGAGGUUGUCGACACGAAACUUAAACUUGAAGAUGUAGUUCCAAUAUCAGAUGUUGUAAUAACGGGGGUUCCAUCACCAACGUAUAAACUUCCAACGUCUUUAUUACGAGAUGGAGCAAUUGCAAUAAACUUUUCAACAUGCAAAAAUUUUGAAGAUAAUGUUAAAGAAAAAGCCGGCAUUUAUGUUCCGUCAAUUGGUAAAGUUACAAUUGCAAUGCUUGAAAGGAAUUUACUUAGAUUGUAUGAUUAUCAGAUGUCAAAAACGGGAUAA